CCGCGCGCAAUCGUACAAGUUUCCGGUGUGCUUGUUGUAACAAGGUCUGCCGUAUGUACCUAUGGUUUGAGUAAUUGUCACAGUUGCUGCGUGUUUUUAUGUGAAAUAUGCCACGGCUCUGCGCGGCCUAACAACAAGACAAGAUUUCAACAAUUCGCCAUACGCAUCAUAUUACUCCGACUAAAUAUAGAAAACUACAAGAACCAUGUUUUAUGCACAUUUUGUGUUGGCCAAAAAAGGGCCUCUGGCUCGUAUAUGGUUGGCUGCUCAUUGGGAUAAGAAAUUGACCAAGGCACAUGUAUUUGAAACCAACAUAGAGAAGUCAGUAGAUGGUAUACUACAACCAAAGGUUAAAAUGGCUCUAAGAACAUCUGGGCAUUUGUUGUUGGGAGUGGUUAGAAUAUAUUCAAGGAAAGCCAAAUAUUUACUGGCUGACUGCAAUGAGGCUUUUGUAAAGAUCAAAAUGGCCUUUAGGCCUGGCAUGGUAGAUCUGCCAGAAGAACAUAGAGAAGCAGCUGUAACAGCUAUCACAUUACCAGAAGUAUUUCACGACUUUGAUACUGCUAUGCCAGAGCUUAAGGAUGUUGAUAUUGAGGCUCAGUUUAGCUUGAAUCAAUCUAGAGCAGAAGAAAUAACUAUGAGAGAGGACUAUGGUAGUCUGUCUUUAGUUACACAUGAUCAAGGUUUUGGUGAUAUGAGUUUUGAUGCAGAACCACCAGAAUUACUACGACAUGGCAGUGGCAUGGAGCCAUCAUUAGAUCAAAGUCAUAUGUUGUUCAGUGAUGGUCCUGGUAUAGAAACCGCACUAGAACAGAAAGAGAAAGAGCCAGUAGCGGGAACAUCUUCUACAGCCCAACCUAUGGACAUUGACACACCUAUUAGAGAUGAUGGUUUUGGUGGUCAUCUUGGUCAAGAUAUCAUAUCGGGUGGCCUCUUUGAAGGCGGCUUGUUCGAUGAAGCUCCAAUGGGCGAAGUACCUGUACCUGAAGUUAGUUCAAUAACUGAACAACAGGAAGCAGGUGCGGCUCCAGGUGCUGCUGCUUCCGUGCACGAUGAAUCUGAUGAAGAUAUGGGCGAUCAUUUUGGUGGUCCACCAUCUCCAAUGGGAGGCAUGAGCUCUGAUGGCUCUAGACCGGCUACACCAGCUGCAACGGGAGAAGAAAUUGAGGGAAGAAUAAGCGUUGCCAGUCGACGCUUUACACCAGCUCCGCCAGUUAUACCGGAGGAACACGCCAUUGAUAAUGUUGAGGAACAACCACCUUUACAGGAUCAAACCACAUUACUACACGAUGAGGAAGAAAGCUUUGCGUUAGCGCCGAUUGACGCGUCAGCUUUAAAAGGUUUCACAAAAGCUAAGCGCAAGCGUAAGCUCAUCGUCGAUGAGGUGAAAAAUAUUUCUGGCGAAGAAAUGAAGGCACAACUGUCCGACACCAGCGAUAUUGUCACGACAUUGGACUUGGCACCACCUACAAAAAGAUUAAUGCACUGGAAGGAAACGGGCGGAGUCGAGAAGCUGUUUGCUCUGCCAGGAAGACCUAUACCAGCUCGCGCUCUAUUUAAGAAUUAUCAGAGACAUCUGACAAGCAAGUCUUAUGAUCACGAAGACUUUGGACGACUUGGAACUGAGGAUGAUAACAUGUCUUUGGAACAAAUGAGAGAUGCACCAGAAGGAGAAGCAUCGACUUUAGAACAAAGCGUUCUCAGUAAACGUACGGGACGAAAACGAAAAGCGGCGCAGGACGAUGAGGUUCACGAUAAUGCGUCGAAGAAAGCACCUCCUGCGGAAAUCAGCCAGCCUCCUGCUGAGGCGGUGGAAAUACCGAGCAUGAUUACCCAACAUAGUCUCCCUGGAGAAACGCCCAUGCAACCCGAUGUACCUUUGCCAGCGGAAUCAUCGGUUUCCGAUAUGAGCAGUAUUGUGCCUUCUGCGGAAUCGUCAGAAGUACCGCCGACCAUCGAAGCGCCUCUGGCGAGUUCGGAAAUGGCGCAAAUUGCGCCAGCUGAAGUUAGCUCGAUACUCGGCACGCACGAGGAACCACAAGUAUCUCCCGCGCAGACACAAGAACCCGUCAGCGUUGCGCAAACGUCCGAUAUGCCGCAGAUGGAAAACAUGGGUUACGAUCAAACACAACCACAAGUUUCAUACAUGGGUUAUGACGAGCAUCAUCCGCCAGCGCAUACACCUGGUGCAAUUUCUGAAAGAGGACCUGCCACACCGUGGAAUCAUGAAGAUUACGAGUUUCCACCUUCCGUAGGACCGCAAGAGGAACAACAGAUAGACGAGACAUAUGAACAGUUCGAGGAACGCGUUCUUAACAAAAGAGCAGCGCAUAUGUAUCAUGUUAUUAAGAACAAACUAGAUACCAAAGAUAAAUUAACGCUAUCAGAAAUGGCUUACAAAAAUAAUCGCAAACAGGUCGCGCAGAAAUUUUACACAUUGUUGGUUCUAAAGAAGUUCCAAGUAUUAGAAAUCACCCAACAAAUGUCAUAUGCUGAGAUCGUAGUCACAAAAGGACCAAAAUUCGAGAACCCGUCAUUGUAAAGAUUCCUGGUUUAGGAAGAUGCACAUUGAACACUGUGUAAUUUAUAUUGAUCACAUUUGCAUUUCUUCAUACAUACGCAUACAUAACACACACACAUACAUGCUGCAGACUACUUUUUUAAUUUAGAUGAAAAAUUAUUUACUUUCUGAAUUUUUUUGUUGUUUAAAACUCGGUCAUCAAUCAUAAAUCCGAACAGGGUUUUGUAAAUAGACUUAGUAAAUAGUUGAAGAAUAUUUUACAACAUUGCAUUAUAACAACUUCUUAAGUCUAUUAAGUCUAUAUUACAAGAAGGUCCAAACAACUGCUAUUGACAAUGCUAUUGACAUAGGAUAAACACAAUUUUGAUAUAAAUUCCUUUUUAUAGAUCGGAAAGUAUUUAACAAUAUGAUAUUUUAAUGUAAGUCAUAUGUAUUUCUAGUUAUUAAUUUAUGUGCGAUCCAAGAAAAUAAUUAAAUUUAUUUAUAGUACUUAUAAAUAAAUACUAUUUACUUGUGAAACAGUUAUUAAUGGAAGAAUUACUUUGCCGCGAAUAAUAAUUUUAUGUAUUAUUUUUCUACCGUCAGAAAGUACGAUUUUUAUUUAUUUUUUUCCAUGGGAGAAGAGUUAACAUACAAAGAAACUGAAUAGUUACUAUUUAAUCACGAAACACAACAAAAGUAAACUGAAUGGUAGAAAUUUGCAAUUGUUUUACAAUACUUUACUUACGACUAAAAUUGAUAUUGAUUUUAUUCGAAAUACUUUUAUGAAAAAUAUUUUGUUCUUUAAUAAAAUAGUCUAAAGAAGAAAACAAAUGGAGAACAAAAUCGAUUUUGUUACGCAUAAUCUAAAACAUAUUUUAAUUAUGGUGCUAGCUAUUUGCUGAAAGAAAAUAGUGUGUACUAUAAUCUAUCUUAUAGGAAUUUAUUACUGGUGUGAUCAAAAUAAUAUUCCUUUUUUGAAUGUUAUAAUCACUGUUGAACAAUGCUUCUAUUAGUCAAAAUAAAUAUUAUUGCAGUAACACACCAAUAAUAAAUUUCUGAAAAGAAUUUCAGAGAAAUAAUCUAAUGAUUUGUUGUUGUGUUUGUGAGACUGUCUCUUAUGUGGUAAACGAGCAUAUUAUAUGAAAAAAAAAAACAAUAUAUUUUAACAAACUAAUCAUUUGUUAUUAAAAAACAAUUUUACAACAAAGUCGUAAGUUUGCAUUGUAAAUAUAGAAAUAAAGGUAGCAAUUAAGAUAUAAGAAGCAGUUUAUAAAUAUGUGUCAUCAAACUUGAAAAAAAAAUAGCAUAAUAGAGAGAGCAAACAUAUUGUAAAUAAGAUUUAUUUAUUGCAUCACUUUUCACUCAUAAAAACUAGAUUAUCGUUUAUAGACGAUCUUAGACAUGAGUUGAUUAUCGUUUAUAAACGAUUAUAUAAUAUAUAUAUAUAUAUAUAUGUAUAUGUAUAUAUAUAUGUGUGUGUGUGUGCAUAUGUAUUAAAUAUACAUAUCAUAAUACUUAAAACUGUUAUUCCGUUAUUUUCCAUUAAUAAACUGUUGUAUUAACUAUAUAAUAACAUAUAAAAUAAUUUCUUAUGUAAGUUACUGAAACGUUUCCUUGUAAGUUGUCUUUUAUAAUGUGCGCGAUAUUAAAAAAACAAGGUUUGAAGCUUACUUUAAUAUUGUGUGAAAUUUAUUUUAUUAAUUACUACAUGUGACAUUUUUGUCGUAUAAAACAUUUACAUACACACGUUACAUAUUUUCUUGAAUCAUUAUGAUUGAGAAUUUAAAUAUGUAUCAUAUUAUUUGAAACACAUUUAGUAUUAUAUUUUUUGAAUAGUACAGACACGAAUAAC